UACCCCAGAGACAGCCUUCUUCAUGGCCUAGUCUCACCAGUGUCAGACCAGAGAACAACACCAAAAGGCGACCGGUACAAAGACAAUGCAGUGUCAAGAGCAUCUAUAGCUCGGGGUGAGCAGCUAUAUCAUGGGACCUUUUUGCCAGAAUCAAAGUAUGAAAAAUAAGAAUCGGUUUUACCCUUUCUGGCAAUAAAACAGGAGGCGAUAAUAUGUUCAAACACCAGAUAGAUUAUUCCUUUUGCAAGGAAUCAAGUUACUGCAUUAACCACGCGUACUUGUGGUGAUCACGCAAACAAACACGCUCUGAUAAUAAUCACAUCGUCAGGACUGUGUUACGAGGACCCGGUGUGUUGCUAUGCUGCACCGGUGUACCGCCAAUACGUACAAAUAACAAUGACCGACUGCCUUCUUGCGCAGGGAUGAACCCGGCCCAGCCCGAGUUCAUGCGCGCACGUGGCAAGCGCAGGGUGAGGGGGAAUGGAGCGGAGUGCGGGCGGUCGAGCGACUCCGACGAGGAGUGGACGGGGAGGAGGAAGAGGAAGGAGGUGGCGAUGCACGGAGGACGAAGAGGUGGAGGCAAACGAGGAGGCAAGGGGGCUGCUUCACGCUGGGCCACCGUGGGAGAGUCGCACGCGAGGGCAGCUCCCAGCAAGCGCAAGACUAAAGCCGAAGCCCUGGAGUACGUGUGGAGCAUCUUGCAGGGCGUGGAGGAGGAGCAGCAGCAGCAGGAGGAGGAGUCCAGGGGAUUUGAGCUGAGGGAGGUGCACAAGGCCAGGAUGGCGAUGUUCAGGCUGGAGCGCAGAGCUACCGCCUGCAAAGAGGCCCUGAGGGUGGCGCUCCAGAGGAUACAUGGAGGCUCCUCCGUGCCGCCGGCCUCCGCCCAGGCUGUGGCGGUGUCGCGCAGCGCUCGCUCUCGCUACGGCCUGCGCCCGCGCGAGAGGCAAGUCUACACAGAGGUGGAGGAGCCCCAGGACGACGACUUCUUCUUCUGCGAGCUGUGCAGGGAUUUCUACCUGGCGGAGUGCUCCGUGCACGGCCCGCCAGAGUUCAUCGCGGACGCGGCCGUGGCCCCGGGAGUGGCCAACAGGGCCCGGCUCAGCCUGCCCCAGGGCCUCACCGUCGGCGCCUCCUCCAUCGCCGGCGCCGGCCUCGGGGUGUGGAGCAACAGGAAGAAGCUGCCCAAGGGGGUGAUGUUUGGGCCCUACCAGGGAGAGGUGUCUGAGGAGAACCCCGUGAGCGAGUACUGCUGGCUGAUUUACAAAAACAAAAAGGAUUGUGAAUAUGUUGAUGCUCAGGAUGAAUCUAAAUCAAACUGGAUGAGGUUCGUCAACUGCGCGAGGAAUGAGCAGGAGCAGAACCUGGUGGCCUUCCAGCACAGGAGGCAGAUUUACUACCGCACGUUCCGUGCCGUGGGGCCCGGCUCUGAGCUGCUGGUCUGGUACGGCGAGGAGUUCGCCCAGGAGCUGGGCAUCGCCUGCGAGGCCGGGCCCUCGCGACGCCGCAGCAGCAGCAGCAGCGAGAUGGCUCCUAGGGCCACCGCCAGAGACCUGCAGCCCGUGCAGCCUCCACCAAGCGAGGAACACCGUGGAGUGGGUGUGGAGGUCACAAGGCUGCCGUGUCCUGCCUGCAACCGUCAGUUCAUCUGCCGCUCUAGUCUACAACAUCACGUGCAGAGGAGACACCCCACUAAGCCCAGUAACAAAAGUCAUCAGUGUGACCAAUGUCCAUACAGCACAGACUACAAGAGUACCUUGAAGAAGCACCAGAGAACACACACGGGAGAGAAGCCGUUCAAGUGCACCGUGUGUAAGAAGGCAUUUGCAGACACAUCAACUCUUCACAGGCACCAGAGAACACACACGGGAGAGAAGCCGUUCAAGUGCACGGUGUGUGAGAAGGCGUUUGCACGGCUAUCAACUCUUCACAGCCACCAGAGAACACACACGGGAGAGAAGCCGUUCAAGUGCACCGUGUGUGAGACGGCGUUUGCAGACACAGCAACUCUUCACAGGCACCAGAGAACACACACGGGAGAGAAGCCAUUCAAGUGCACCGUGUGUGAGAAGGCGUUUUCACAGCUAUCACAUCUUCACAGGCACCAGAGAACACACACGGGAGAUAAGCCGUUCAAGUGCACCAUGUGUGAGAAGGCGUUUGCACAUCUAUCAACUCUUCACAGCCACCAGAGAACAUACACGGGAGAGAAGCCGUUCAAGUGCACCGUGUGUGAGAAGGCGUUUGCAGACCCAUCCAGUCUUCGCCGGCACCAGAGAACACACACCGGCCAGAAUGCAUUUUCUCAUUCCCGUGGAAACAGAAAAGUCAUCCAUCCUGAGCAAAACGCGCACAGCGCCGAGCUCGUGAACUUCACCCUUUGCCGUCGCGACGACGCCGCGCGCCCAGCAGCAGCAGGAGAUGGCGACUUCCGAGACAUCAGAGGCUUCUUCACCAAGGCCGAGUGGAGCGAUCUGGCCGAGUGCGAGAAGCGGCGCUACAGGAACAUCAAGCAGAACCACGCCGUCCUGCUGAACCUCGGGAUGAACCCGGCCCAGCCCGAGUUCAUGCGCGCACGCGGCAAGCGCAGGGCGAGGGGGAAUGGAGCGGAGUGCGGGCGGUCGAGCGACUCCGACGAGGAGUGGACGGGGAGGAGGAAGAGGAAGGAGGUGGCGAUGCACGGAGGACGAAGAGGAGGAGGCAAGGGGGCUGCUUCACGCUGGGCCACCGUGGGAGAGUGGCACGCGAGGGCAGCUCCCAGCAAGCGCAAGACUAAAGCGGAAGCCCUGGAGUACGUGUGGAGCAUCUUGCAGGGCGUGGAGGAGGAGGAGCAGCAGCAGGAGGAGGAGUUCAGGGGAUUUGAGCUGAGGGAGGUGCACAAGGCCAGGAUGGCGAUGUUCAGGCUGGAGCGCAGAGCCACCGCCUGCAAGGAGGCCCUGAGGGUGGCGCUCCAGAGGAUACGUGGAGGCUCCUCCGUGCCGCCGGCCUCCGCCCAGGCUGUGGCGGUGUCGCGCAGCGCUCGCUCUCGCUACGGCCUGCGCCCGUUCGUCAACUGCGCGAGGAAUGAGCAGGAGCAGAACCUGGUGGCCUUCCAGCACCGGGGGCAGAUUUACUACCGCACGUUCCGUGCCGUGGGGCCCGGCUCUGAGCUGCUGGUCUGGUACGGCGAGGAGUUCGCCCAGGAGCUGGGCAUCGCCUGCGAGGCCGGGCCCUCGCGACGCCGCAGCAGGAGCAGCAGCAACGAGAUGGCUCCCAGGGCCACCGCCAGAGACCUGCAGCCCGUGCAGCCUCCACCAAGCGAGGAACACUGUGGAGUGGGUGUGGAGGUGACAAGGCUGCCGUGUCCUGCCUGCAACCGUCAGUUCAUCUGCCGCUCGAGUCUACAGUAUCACGUGCAGAGCAGACACCCCACUAAGCCCAGUAACAAAAGUCAUCAGUGUGACCAAUGUCCAUUCAGCACAGACUACAAGUGUAGCUUGAAGAUGCACCAGAGAACACACACGGGAGAGAAGCGGUUCAAGUGCACCGUGUGUGAGAAGGCGUUUUCACAACUACCAACUCUUCACAGCCACCAGAGAACACACACGGGAGAGAAGCCGUUCAAGUGCACCGUGUGUGAGAAGGCGUUUUCACAACUACCAAAUCUUCACAGCCACCAGAGAACACACACGGGAGAGAAGCCGUUCAAGUGCACCGUGUGUGAGAAGGCAUUUGCACAUUUACAACAUCUUCACAGCCACCAGAGAACACACACGGGAGAGAAGCCGUUCAAGUGCACCGUGUGUGAGAAGGCGUUUGCAGACUCAUCACAUCUUCACAGCCACCAGAGAACACACACGGGAGAGAAGCCGUUCAAGUGCACCGUGUGUGAGAAGGCGUUUGCAGACCUAUCAAAUCUUCGCGUGCACCAGAGAACACACACCGGCCAGGAUGCAUUUUCUCCUUCCCGUGGAAACAGAAAAGUCAGCCAUCCUGAGCAAAUCGUGCACUGCGCCGAGCUGUGAAUUAGUUUUAAACAACAGGCCACGUGAUUAGCCGAGGCUGUGCCACCCUUGAAACUGAUUUUGAAUGUGAACACGGAAACCUACGGAUCCUCCUACACCUGACUCACACUCUGUGGGGGGUGGGAGAUUAAACCGACCCGGCCACCCCUCGAUUGCAAGUGCGGAGUUCUAGGUCCCAACCACUGCACUUCCCUCCCCAUCACCUGGGGGUCCCCGUGUGUGUGAGUGUGCAGAGUCCCCCGUGCAGAGCUGCACUGUUGUUACCCUAGAGGGGGGCACCGCAGGGCGAUCCACCUACAGACACCCCAGUCUGCACGUCUCCCGCCGGUCUCCAUGCGCACCGCGUGCCGUCUCGUAGCCCUGCCCCGUGCGACGUACGUACAGUACUUACAGUACGUACCCAUCCAGCGGUAGACUGAACCGCGGCUGAUGACGAAGGUGGCAUCCGCUCACAAAUCUCCGAACACUCAGUCCAGAGGUCGCAACCGGGUACCCGAUACCCGUACCCUACGGUCACUGGUGAGUAACUGUCACUCAUUUCCCAACGUCUUGUCUCUUCUCACAAUUCAAGUUCCUAGAAUCAACCCACCCGCGCCUGCAACAUGGCUUCACCCCAGAGGUCGCAAUCAGGUACCCGAUACCGGGUACGGGUACCUGUUUACGACGCUGGUGCGGCCAGGUACGGGUAAGGAAUCAAAACCCGUUUGCGACCUCUGACUCAGUACCGUAGCCCCGAGCCAUCGCUUGUGCGCUAUUCACUUUGCUGCUGAGAGGAAAGCUACGGGGUGGAGGUGGGGGGGUUGCUAUGAGAGGACAUCUGUGGAA